AUGACCCAACCUGAGCACCGGAUGGGCCCACCAAUAAAGACCAUAUGCGUGCGACCCAUGUUUGCAACAAUUGUUGACAUAGUUGUACUGCCCUUUCGGUACCCGUUUGGUCGGGGGUUAAUCCACGCCGAGGGCCAGAUAGCGGCCCAACACGACUGCCUGUACCGAUACGCUCACGAUAUCAUUGGUAGCGAACUGGUAGUGGUUGGUGCC